GCCGGCAUGGAGCGGGCGGCGGGCGAGGCCCGGCCCCUGCUGCCGGCGGCGGGGCGCUCCGCCGCGCCCUCCUCGCCCGGGCUCUCCUCCGCCGGCGCCGUCUUCAUCCUGCUCAAGUCUGCGCUGGGCGCGGGGCUGCUGAGCUUCCCCUGGGCCUUCGGCAGGGCCGGCGGGGCCGUUCCCGCCCUCCUGGUGGAGCUGGGCUCGCUGGUGUUCCUGGUGAGCGGGCUGGCGGUGCUGGGCUAUGCCGCGGCCCUCAGCGCCCAGCCCACCUACCAGGGCGUGGUGCGGGCCGUGUGCGGCGCGGCCCUGGGCAAGCUCUGCGAGGUCUGCUUCCUCCUCAACCUCUUCAUGAUCUCCGUGGCCCUCCUCAGGGUGGUGGGCGACCAGCUGGAGAAACUGUGUGACUCCCUGUACCCCAACGGGACACUGAGUGGGACUCCUCAGCUGCCCCCCUGGUACGUGGACCAGCGCUUCACCCUCUCAGCUCUCUGUGUCCUCGUCAUCUUCCCACUCUCUGUCCCCAAGGAGAUUGGCUUCCAGAAGUACUCCAGCAUCCUGGGCACGCUGGCUGCCUGCUACCUCACUCUGGUCGUCAUCCUGAAAUACUACCUGCAGGCAGAGAGCCUGCGUUUGACUGAGCCGCCCCAGCCCUCCAGGUCCUCGUCCUGGACCUCUAUCUUCAGUGUCAUUCCCACCAUCUGCUUUGGCUUCCAGUGCCACGAGGCAUGUGUGGCCAUCUACAGCAGCAUGCGCAACCAGAGCUUCUCCCACUGGGUCACCGUCUCUGUGCUCUCCAUGCUCAUUUGCCUGCUCAUCUACUCCCUCACUGGGCUCUAUGGCUACCUGACCUUUGGCGAGGCCGUGGCGUCCGAUGUCCUGAUGUCCUACCCAGGGAAUGACCCGCUUGUCAUCGUCGCUCGCCUGCUCUUUGGCGUCUCCAUUGUCACCAUUUACCCCAUUGUGGUGCUGCUGGGCAGGUCCGUGGUGAAGGACUUGUGGGCAGCCCCGAAGCGCGGGGCCGUGGCGGUGUCUGGGGCACACGAGCGGCGGAGCCGGGUGGCACUGACGGUCACCUGGAUGGCUGCCACGCUGGGCAUCGCCCUCUUCGUCCCCGACAUCGGCAAAGUCAUCGAGCUCAUCGGGGGCAUCAGCGCCUUCUUCAUCUUCAUCUUCCCAGGGCUGUGCCUCGUGUGUGUGACCGGGACCCGCAGCCUUGGGCCACGCAAAAGGGAUGACAUGAGCUGGGGCGAUGGAGACUGCGAGGGGACAGUCCCAGCCUGCCCGGGACAGUCUGGGAAGGAGCACGGUGCUGAGGACCCUGUGGCAGAGCAGCAGCAGGGUUUGGGUGGACAGGGGGGCUGCUGGGCUUUCUGCCAUCGACUGGGAGCAAGGCAGAGGAGCAGGGCAGAGGAGACCCUGCAGAGUCAGAGGAGCUGGGGUACAGGGGUGGCCCGUAAGCGAGGCCAGCUCUACCCCGGCAGCCUCUGCUCGUGUCGCUGCAGGGCUGCUCUCAUCGCCUGGGGCGUUGUCUCCGUUCUCGGCGGUGCCUUUGUGUGCGGGCAGAGCGCUGCCCUGGCCGUGCUGGGGCUGCUGCGCUGGGGGAGCACAGAGCCCAGCGUGACCCCACCGUGAGCCCCAGCGUCCUGCCCCCGACAGAAAACAGCCACACACCGGA